AUUUAAAUACCUUUGUGUGUCUUACAUUAUACAGGUGCUAUAGGUGGAACAGAAGAGUGAAAACAACAAACAUGAAGAAUCAAAGGUGCAAUUAAUAACAGUAGGUAUAUCUAGCACAAAUAUAGUGCUGCAACACACAGGCAGAAAUAGAUAGAGAGAGGGAGAGAGAGCCGCAACACAUCAAGUAGUAGUGAAGAGAAGCAGCAGAGUGAUCAAUUGUUGUAUUGUUGAAGAAGAAGCCAAAAGGAAAUAACACAAAAGUGAGAUGAAGAUGAUGAUGACUGAUCGAGUCGUGUUUAUUGCUUUUGUUGAUAUGUGAUGCAGAGUGGGUUCGAAUCACGGGAAAAUCCCAAGUCGUCCCCCGAAGAACUAAAGCCCAAGUUAGUGCACCGUAGGAAGCAACAUUCGAUGGAGAUCUUCUAGCUGCAAUUGCUGCAGCGAAGCAAAUUCAAAAUCGACAAAGAGCUACAUUGGUGGCGUUGGAUCAGGAAAAUGGGUGCCAAGGAUUCUAAACCGUCCUGCAUAAGCUACGAAGAUGCAGUGAAAAGGGUUACGGAUUCGGAACUGCGAAGAAUCAAGGAUGCCUUCAAACGAUCGGCCGGAACGAGCGGUACGGUUCUCAGUAAGAGUGCCUUCGUGCAGGAUGUCCUCGGCGAUGGCGUUCCGACGGUGGUGGCCGAUUGGCUCUAUGCGGCCUGUGGCGGUACGGCGAAAGGAAUCACUUUUAAGGAACUCCUCUGCGGGUUGGUGCUACUCACGAAGGGAACCCAGGAGGAGAAGAUAAGAUUCCUGUGGAAUUUGUACUGCAACGAAGCUGGCACACACAUCGUGAAACAAGAAUUUCUGAAAGCCAUACAGAUCGAAAAUACGUACCAAAGCAACGUUCUGAAUGCCACCACCAACAACAACAAUAACAACAACAACAACAGUAGUAUUAGCAAUAGUAGUAGUAACAACAGCAGCAACAAUAACAACAAUCCAGUAACAGUGAGCAAAAGCAACAGCCUGCCCAAGUACACGGUGGCCCUGUUCGGUCUGAACGAUCGUGUCACAUUUGAACAGUUCAAAUCGUGGAUCCAGAUAUACAAAGGGGCAACCGUGCUUUCCAAAUGGUUGCUCCAAGAUGCAUGUGUCAAUCUUAGUUCUGAGUUGGAAACUCCUACCUUCUAUCAGAGCUUGGCCGGCGUAACGCAUUUAGAAGAGCAGGACAUAGGCGAUUUGGAGAAGGUGUUCUGGCUGUUGAAAGGAUUAGCACUGACGGGGCAGUUGGAUUUGGAAUCGCUCGGACCGCUGAUAAGUCCUCCGGUGCCCAAAGCUGCCCUCGGUGGGGUUUUUCUGGCGUUCGAUGAGAACCAUGAUGGUCACAUUGACUUCAAGGAGUUGUGCUGCGGUGUAAGUGCAGCCUGUCGGGGACCAAAUGUAGAGAGGAGUAAAUUUUGCUUCAAGGUGUUCGAUAUCGAUCGGGAUGGAGUGCUGAAUUUCACAGAAGUUGGGAAGAUGGUAGACAUUCUGUUGUUUGUAGCCAAAGAAACGAAUGCAUCGUGUUAUAAAAAUUUAACCAGUAGUCAUGUUAUGGAUGAGUUGUAUCGGCGAGCAAAUGAGCUCAGCGUAGUUGACACGGAGAAAAGCGUAACGGUUCCUGAUCCGCUACCGGAGUUCAAGUUUACUCAGGAGGAUUUCCUUAUUUGGAGUAUUGAAAGUAGUACCAACUUGGUUCAACCGUUUCUGGAUCUGUUGUUUGAAGUUUGCCAUAUCGUGUUAGGACUGCGACCACAAUGUAAGCACUUAGAAGGCGAUAUCGUGCGGGGAUGGUUGGCUCGGGAGGUGCGGAGGGGCUACAAAGUUGGCCAAUUCUGGUAUUUGGUAUCAUCUGACUGGUGGCUCCAUUGGUCGCAAUAUACUCAGCCGUCUGCGAACUCUUCAUGCGUACAUUGUAAAAUUGCGUCCAGCUAUGCCAUCAGUAGGAACAAUGCAGUCGCCACCGUUGCUGGAGUCGAUGAAGCAAUAAUUUGUGAUGAAAGCUUCACUUCCAACUCAACGGAAAGCAUGGGAGAUUUACUUAAUGCAGGAGAUUCGUCUAGUUUGGGAUCGGGUAGUAGCGGAAUAUCAUGUGGCAGGCAUCCGGGUGGUCCUCCCGGAAUGAUAGACAACCAUAGUCUGAUAGCUCCGAUUCUAUACAAACAGAUCCCAACGUUGACCGGAGAAGGCGGAAGGUUGAAACGGGAUUUGACUCUCGUGCAGCAUAGAGAUUUUGAAUUAGUCCCGGAUUCUCUUUGGAAAGCCCUUUCUCAGUGGUAUGGUGGACCGCUGCCCCUCCCGAGGCAAGUAAUUCAACCGCUCAGCACAGGAGAUGUAGAGUUGGAACUGUAUCCUUUGAAUUUACGGAUAUUACGGCAUCAAGCACCAACUCCGCAGCAGCAGCAAAACGCCAAUAGCGCAUGGGGCAAUAUUUCCGGUGGGUACGGUGCACUGACAAGUGGAAGCUAUUCAAAUACUUCCGUGUCACCUGCUUUACAACCGCCAAAAAAGUAUCUCGCUUACACAGCAGCGUUCAGUCGACUUGCUACAGUCAAGCAGGUUGCUGAAUUUCUCUGCCAAAGACUGAAACUCAGAGUAGAAGAUAUUCGGAUAUGGCACCUAGUGUCGACUCCAACCGGCAUAAGUGAGUUCCCCUACCUUCUAGAAGAAGACAUCCUGACUCUCCAAGAAUUAUCGAUCGGUGACAAUGAUCAGAUCCUCCUGGAAAUCCGCAACAAGGACCUAACAUGGCCCGAAGAACUCGGUUCUCUCACGUUAGCUCACAGCAACAGUCAUAACAAUCUGGAACGGCGGAGUACGAUCGCCUCAAUCCAAUCUCAGCACCCUCCCGGCGCUACAGGAUUGCACAAUCUUGGUAACACUUGCUUCAUGAAUGCGGCCCUACAAGUCCUCUUCAACACUCAACCCUUGACUCAGUAUUUCAUCAGACGAAUGCACAUGUACGAACUGAACAUGGCUAACAAACUCGGUACCAAAGGCCAACUCGCCAUGCGCUACGCUGAAUUGCUCCGAGAAGUGUGGACAGCUUCGCAGCGAUCGAUUGCUCCCCUAAAACUGCGCUUCUGCGUUACGAAGCAUGCCCCUCAGUUCUCCGGCGGAGGACAGCAUGAUUCGCAGGAAUUAUUGGACUGGCUGUUGGAUGCCCUGCACGAAGAUCUGAAUCGGGUUAUGGAGAAACCGUACAGCGAAUUGAAGGAUUCGGAUGGUCGAGCGGAUGUUGUGGUUGCAGCCGAAGCUUGGAAUCAACAUCAUGCGAGGAAUCAGAGUAUUAUUGUGGAUCUAUUCUAUGGCCAGCUGAAAUCGAAGGUAACCUGUACGGGGUGUGGUCGCGAUUCGGUUCGAUUCGAUCCAUUCAGUUUGCUAAGUUUGCCGCUCCCGGUUGAGAACUAUACCUACUGUGAAGUUUUGGUUACUAUGCUGGAUGGAUCCGUACCAGUGAAAUACGGUUUAAGACUGAACUCGGAAGUAAAGUAUUGGGAUCUGAAGAAACAGUUGAGCGAACUGUGCGCUCUCGAUCCGGAACUGAUGCUAAUCUGUGAACUGUCCAAUUCCCAAAUUCGAUGCAUUUUCCCUAAUGAGCAAAAAAUCAAACCCAGUACGGCCUGUGAGUUGUACGUGUACGAACUGCCAAAAUUCGAUAACAUGCUUGUAAGAUCUCGAGCUGGCUCUGAACUGGCCAUCAACAUCGAGAAGGGUCUCAAAGACAUCCAGCGAACACCAGCUCUUCUACUACCAUCGAUAGAACCGAACCAGCUGACGACCACGUCGCUCAACACGACAAUUUCCUCGUCGUCCUCGUCGUCGACCACCGUGGACGAUACAGUGGCCAUCACCGGUCGUCGGUCCGGUCCCGGCGACAAUCCGACGAAAGUUGGACCCGGUUCUGGUGGAGCGGCCAUCAACGGUAACCGUAAAGCAUCCGGAACGACGACGGCAUCGAAGGUAAGCCGGUGCUUCGGCAACACACUCUGCAUGCCCCCGAAUAUGUUGUGCUUCAAGAACAUUCCCGAAAUCAGUGCCAGCCCGGAUAGUACCUUCAUCUUCAGCGAUACUACUCAGUAUGGUGCUAAUUCGUAUACAAUGAAUACGCAAUACAAGGACCAGAACCGGAAAACUGUAUCGACAACGAAUCUGCUGAACAAUGUCGACAGCAGUUGGAACGCGUCCGCUGUUGGACAUGACGAGCAGGAAACGCCCUGCAACGAUUGUGAUAUUAUCUAUAAUGGCCACGGGACCGACUACGGUGGUUCGCUUCCUUAUGCCGACGUCAACCACCACCACCACCACCACCAUCAUCACCAUCAGCAUCAUCAUCUACAGCAACAGCAGCCAAACCAACACCAACACGGGGAUUCGUUCAGUUUAAGUGCAAUUAAGCGACCACCCAGUGCGGGUAGUGGAAGCACUAGCGGAAUGUACAAUCAACAGAAGUGUAACUACCUGAUAGCAGUUCACCGGAAGCUCAGCAGGCAGGAUACGUACUUCCUGUCCCAUCACAAGUCCCGACCGGGUUUAUUCGGAGUACCAUUGUUGAUACCAUGUUACGACGGUGUUACCAACAAGGAACUGUACUGCUCGGUCUGGCUACAGGUAGCACGAUUGCUCAGUCCUCUUCCACCGACACCACCAGAUCAAUCGAAUCAUGCUACUGACUGUGAUGAUAGCCUAGGUUACGACUUCCCAUUCACGCUUCGAGCCGUGGCCAGUGGAGGUCGUAUUUGCGCCCUUUGCCCCUGGUCCCGUUUUUGCCGUGGUUGUGAAAUCCCCUGUAACGAUGAGCCUCUUCUUCAAGGACUGACCUGUUCGGGACCAUCAUCAAGCAAUAGCUCAACGCCAAAUCUUUCCUCGCGGGAACAGACUCCAACCUUCCGGAGGAAAACGUACGGAAGCUCGACGACGUCCUCAUUGGAUGGCAUGCAAUCAUCACCGACCCCUUCGCUGCGGUCGAUCAACACCAGCAACAUACAGAUCGCCAUCGAUUGGGAUCCAACGGCACUACAUUUGCGGUAUCAAAGCACUCGAGAGCGGCUUUGGACCGAACAUGAAUCGGUAGCUAUUUGCCGGAAGCAGCAAACCGAACCCGUUGAUUUGGACCACUGUCUGCGAGCGUUCACGUCGGAGGAGAAAUUAGAGCAAUGGUACCAUUGCUCGCAUUGCAAACAGAAAAAGCCGGCCACGAAGAAAUUGCAAAUCUGGAAACUGCCACCGGUGCUGAUUGUCCACCUGAAGCGCUUUAACUUUGUAAACAACAAGUGGGUUAAAUCUCAGAAAGUGGUCAAUUUCCCCUACGACGAGUUUGACCCAACGCCGUAUUUGGCAUCGGUACCCCAAGAAACCAUUCUUCGGCACAAGGAACUGCUGGAAGGGGGUGGCACCAACGACGGUCGAAAUCACGACUGUCACGAUGAGAUUGUUGAAUUUGACCGGGAAAUGUCCAUGAUCGAUGAGGUGAGCGAUGAAGUUUCCCUCUCGUCGAUUACGGGCACGAUCAAUCAAGUCCAAGAAGAAACCUGUGAUAGUGCUGGUGAUGAUGAUGAUGAUGACGAUGAGGGUGAUGAAGAUGAAGAUGAUGCGGUGAAUAAUCAGGAUGAUGGCAAUAGUAUUACUCCAGCUAUUAUCGGUACCCAACCGGUGGCCUGUGUUCGACAGGAAAGCACGACCGGUGAUGAUAGUCCAGGAAGGGCGAAAGGUCGCUUGAGUAUGAAAUCAAAAGGUCAACGUAAGCGAUUGCUUUCGUCGAGUUUAACCAAAACACCAGUGAUUGAUGGACAGUUUACAGACUUCCACAAACACCAUUUGAAACCCGAACGGGACGCAUUCGAUAUGAAGUACCAAUUGUACGCGGCUGUGUGCCAUUCGGGGAUGCUGAACGGUGGUCACUACAUCUCUUAUGCGGCCAAUCCGAAUGGUUCGUGGUACUGCUACAACGACAGCUCCUGUCGGGAAAUUCCAACCCGACCGAAGAUCGAUCCCAGCACGGCCUAUCUGCUGUUCUACGAGCGACGCGAUUUGGACUACGAGCCCUACUUGCCAAAGGUGGACGGGAAGCAAAUUCCGCCCGAACAUUUGGCCGAGUUCGAGGAGAGCGAGAACGAGCUGAAGAAGAUGUGCACGCUUAUGUAGAAGAUAGCCCCCGCGCUGACCGGUCCCGUUCGUGGCCUCGGCGCAAGCACGCUAGGUAAGCUUUUCAACUUGUCGUUGCCUUCUGGUAAGUAGAAGGCGUUCUUAAGCAACCCAUAUUCGAUGCAUCAACAGUGAACAAGCGAACGAUGAUGAUGAUGGUGGUGUAGCUGCUACAAUGGCAAUCGCUGUUAAUGAUAUCAGAUCUGUUCCUUCUACUAAAGCAAAAAAUAAGUACCAACUUUACCGCGAACACUAGUUAAUAAUGACGUGCAGUUCACACACUGUACACCGCUGUGCUAUUUUUACUCUUAUUGUGUAUUAAAAUAUAAUAUCAGGCCAAUUGAGCUGUGGGAAAUAUUUUUUCCUUCUUUAACAUUUCCGUUUUGCUUCGUUUAGAGCUUAUCAAUCAAAAUCUUUACACAAUUCCUCAGAAGCAGCAGUUUUUUGUUACGUAUUUACGGAUCAAAAGCUAUCGAUAGCUGUACGUAGCUGGUUAAAGAAAUGGGAAAGCGCUAUUGUUUUUUUCUUGCUCUAGGUUUUUAGUAUCGAUACUAGCUUUAUUAAUGUAUUAAGCGAAAAAUUAGAUAAAUUAAAUUAAUAAUUAAUGAACUAUCAGGUACCGUUUAGGAUCACCAAUCAUAAGACAUUCAAGCGCAAAAAAAAACGACGAAACAUUCCAAAUAGCAGAAUAUGCUACCGUAGAAUCCCGUUAGUUUGAACAACUAAAACCGUAAUUAAACGGCGCUAAUUUAGAAGUUGUUUAACUGGUACCCCUACAUGUAGGCGUACCAGUUGUAUAAAUUUUAAGUUAGCGCCGUUUAAUUGUAAUUUUAGCCUAUCAAACUAACAGGGUGCAAGAGGUAGCAGUGAGCGUUAGAUAGGUACCUUAGAUACAAGUAGCAAUAUAAACCACAUUGGCACAGGAGGACAGUUGGCUUUCUAAGUGUUGCGAUAUGCUUGUAAUAGUUGAUGACGGUGUAGUCAGGGCCGAGUGAUGUGUCCGUUUUCUUCUUUGAUAUUAAACAUCGGUUAGUUGAUCCCAAUUUUGUACGUUUGUAAGCUGUAAUUGUACACUCAUUGUUAUUUCUCUAUUGAAAGUUUUGUUUGAAAAAAAAUGUGGCAUAUCUUUUAUUUUCGAGGGCUACCUGUACAAAUAAAUUUAUUUAAGUUCUCUCCCGAACUGUUGUUUUGGUUUCUAUUUUUUGCUACCGUUGUUCUUUAGAAAUCGACAGACGUCGUUUCAUUAGUCGUUAUUGGUCGCUCAUAAUUAUUACUAAUAUUAUUUUACUUAUUAUUAUCGAUUUCCUUUUGUUACGUGUCGAAUGUGACUUGGUUGAAGCAAUAUUAAAUAUUGAUGACUACGAAUACUGUUGAACAAUUGUAAACGAAA